AUGGAAAAGAAAUUAAGCGAUGCGUUAAUGUUGCAUGAGGAGGAGAAACAAAAAAGUGAACAGCUCAAGGAAACCGCAGACCGUGCAAUGGCUCGGCAUCGUCAAAUGCGUCAACAAAUUGAAGAUCUCGAGGAGGAAUCAUGUCGUGAACGAUCGAAGAAUCGUCAGCUACAGCGAAGUAUCGAUGAGCUCAGUGAAGCCAACGAAACACUGACCCGAGAAAAUGCGCAGCUGAAGAGUUUGGCUUCCCUGGCCAGACGUGAAACAGAUAGCUUUGGACGUGGUGCACGAAGUAUUGGUGGUGAUAGCGCUGAUUUGUUGCGACCGAAUUCUGGCUCAACAACAGGAUCAUACGUUGGAGAUGACAAUGAUUUCGCAGCCAACUGA